AUGGCAGCAGUACUAUUAAGAAGAGGUAGACCGAAAAAGAAACCGUUCCCUUCCGAUCAUCCGGAAGGUAAGCAGGACAGAAUUCCUAAGAACACAAUAACAAGUUUCAUAGAUCGAGGAUCAGGUGACUUGAAGCACCGCCAUUCACUAGAAAGAUCUGAAACAAGAAGUUUGGUUCCCAAUAUCAACAAAUUACCAAAAGGUUAUGGUAAUUUCCAUUCCGCUGCAUCGACGAUACCAUCAGAAAAUUUAGUUUUGUUAUAUUCUAAACCACGUGAACCAGAUUUUGUUUUUUCUGAACCGAUCAGCAGCAACGAUUUCCUUUUUCCAAGUAAAAAGAAAACGCGUGCACAAGCUUUAGACGUUGAGUCUGAGCAUAGAAUGUCAAAAUUGAACUCGCGGGACACCCAGAUAGAAAGCGGUACUUUCCCAUUUAAAUUGACGCCAAGUGGAAAUCUCAAGGUUGAUUCAUCACAGGUUGUUUUUUCUUCGAAUAAAUUGAGCGUAUUAGUAGCUGAUCCUAAACUCACCAAAGUAAGUGUACAUCCUAAAUCUAUGAAUUGUUGUAAUAAAAGUAAAAUGGCACAAGAUACUGAUGCUUCGAAAACAUCUGCUAUGGAUUCUAUCAUAAGUCAGGCCGGCUUCUCAAGUAUAAACACUUUCUUGGGACCCACUCCCAUUAGAAGUGGCAAUAAGGAAGCAUCUGAAUAUGAAAGCAAGCAGACAUCAGAAAUUUUGGAUCCAGAACUGAAUUUAGGAAGGUUAGGUUAUAAUGGAACAGACGACAUAAAUUGGCAAACUGUCGCCUUACCAGAAAAGAAAAAUUUAUAUUUAGAACUCUAUUCGCGUAUUACCAAUUAUACAAACGCAGAUUGUAAAGUUUAUAUAGAUAAUGAAGAAUUCAAUUGCCAUCUCAUCGUCCUUCAGUGUUAUUCAGAACUGUUCGACGCUUACAUAGCAGUUAAGAAAGUAGAAUUACCUUCAGACAAGUGCAGUGCAGCUUCUUUUGCCUUCAUUUACGAAUGGAUGAUAACAGGAGAGCCCUCUUACAAGGAUCUUUCCAGAGAAAACGUACUAGAUAUUUUUAUCAGUGCUAAAUACUUGAAAAUAAAAGAUUUAGUGGAACAAUGUUGGGCGUUUAUAGACAACAUGGACGUAUUUUCCGAAGAUACAGCAUUCCUAUUAUACAUGGAUUCGAAAGAAAAGAAUCUACCAGAAGUUCGAGAGCUGAUGAUGCCUAGAAUACAAGGAUUCUUCCUUAUGUUAGUUAGUUCGCAGAAUUGGUUAGAAUUAGAAGUCGAAGAUGUGAAAAACUUCCUCAAUUCUAAUUAUAUUUGUGUGAAUUGUGAAAUGGAAGUAUUUAUGUCAGCAGUGAGAUGGUUAAAACAUGACUGGGCCAACAGAGAUCAUUAUAAGUACGAUGUUCUCGAAUGCGUUAGGUUUGGUAAUAUUGCUCCUUGGCAAUUGGUAGACAUCAAGAGGAAUCCGGAAAAUCCUGACUUCUUGGAACUAGCUAAAGAUCCCAGGAUAUGUAAAAUGAUUGACGAUGGAUUAGCAUACGUCAUUAUAAAAUACUGGUACGGCCAAGAGAAUGACGAUUUUCAACAUUGGAACACUGUUCUUGGGCUACAUGAGCCUCCGAAUCGUAAUUGGAGCGGUGCUGAUAAAACUUAUUUUACGUAUAGAGAGUUUUUGAUAUAUCUUGAUCAAUAUAGAAGGAAUCAAUUGAUCGAUAAAAGUAAGCCAAAGUUCGCUACAGAAAAAGAAGCGAACGGAGGGAAAAAAGUAAUUAAUCAAGAUGGAAAGAUCUCUCCAAGAAUACCUACUAUGGAUGAGUUUUUGUCAAAGAAAAAAGAAACAUAUUCCACACCUACUUGUAAGUAUGGAUUCAAGACAAAGCAAUUCACUGGGAAACCUUCAUUUACACGAUCUCAAGCCGCUGUUAUUAUUCAAAAAGCUUAUAGAAGAUAUAAAAAGUCCCAUCUAAAGAAAAAACUCCAUUUUUCGAAGAAGAGAAGUAAUAGAGACGCCACAAAUACAAAUAGGGGUGUUCUGAAGAUGUUUUGUAUGCCAAAGAAUCCUUUUAAUAAACAAAAUAAUGUAAAUCGAAAUGGAAGUAAAAGAAACCUUCUUGAAACUGGUUCCCUGUUUCAUAAAAUUAGAGAUACGGUUUUGAUAUUUGGAGGUACAGACACGCAUAAUCCAUGUGGAUUUGGUAGAAAUACUGGUAAGGAUAUAUAUCGUUAUAUGCCGUUGGGCAAUUGUUGGGAGUUCGUUGGAGAAUUACCAGAGCCUAGACAUCACCAUUGCACAGAAUUUUUCAAGGGCAGAAUAUUUUUAGUGGGAGGAAAUAAUCCAAGCGUCACGAUAAAUAGGGAUGCCGAAGUUAGUAGUUUUGUUUGGAGCUUUGAUCCUGUUACUAGAAAAUGGUAUCAAGAAUUACCAUUGUUAGAAGCCAGAAAAAACUUCGGAUUAGUAUCUUGUAAUCAAUAUUUGUACGCUAUUGGUGGACAAGGUAAUCAUUAUCGAGCUUUAGAUUCUGUCGAACGUUUCGAUUUGGAGAAGAAUAUAUGGGAAAACGUAUGUUCUAUGAAAACCGCCAGAACUGGUUUCGGUUAUACCAGAUAUGGACAUUGCAUUUGGGUUGCUGGAGGAUUAACUGAUAAAAAUAGCACCAUCGAUAUUUUGGACUCUAUAGAAAGUUACGAUUAUAAAUCAGAUCAGUGGACAGAAAUAAAAUAUUCCUUGAGGGUUCCUAGAUGCUUCUUCUCCUUGUGCGUUUUAUCAGAAAAACUGUAUAUAAUAGGAGGAGCAUCUAAGACUGCAUCAGAUCUAUCUGGAAAUGAUACAUCAAGUAUUGGUAGCAUAGAAUAUUGGGAUAAUAAGAAAUUCGAAUGGAAAAAAUUGAAUGAUCUCAAUAUUCCUAGACAUGGACAUGCUGUUUCUUAUUUAGGAACACAAUUACUAAUCGUUGGAGGUGUCGCAACAAAGUAUGGAAGAGCUUUGAGUAAUACAGAAUGUUUUUGUAGUCAAAGGGAAACUUGGGUAAGAGGUUUGGCAUGUUUACCUACACCUUUAUCAGGUCACUCGAUGGUUACGUUACCCCCAGCUUCCCUUUUGUUGGGUUGA